UUCAAUGCUGCUACUAGAAAUGGAGUUUGGGCCUCAAUGAAGAGCCGAAGACGACGCAAUACGUUGAGAAACAAAGCCACAAAAAAAGCCAGUAGAUUUGGAGACACUUUUUCCCUGAAAACUCCUCUACAAUCCCACUAGCUUGAGUUGUUUUCAAUUUCAAGAUGGCUGAUGGGAGUGCGCAAUCAAGGUACGUGAAGCUGACCAGGGAACAAGAAGCCCCAACAGAGGAUAUCACCCCUGGAGAGCUCAACCAACCCAUUGAAAUUCCUCAGUUAAAUGUUGAGAGGUGUGUGGAAUGCGGGCAACCCCUGCCUGAAAGAUACCAGCCCCCAGCUGAUGAAGAUUGGACAACUGGGAUAUGUGGCUGCACUCAAGAUCCAGAGAGUUGCUGGACUGGACUUUUUUGCCCAUGUGUGUUGUUUGGGCGUAACGUUGAAACAAUACGAGAAGAUAUUCCCUGGAAUAAUGCCUGUGUUUGCCAUGCUGUGUGUGUUGAAGGAGGAAUUGCAGUUGCAGCAGCGACAGCAUUCUUCCAUGGUGUUGAUCCUAAGACGUCAGUUCUCAUCUGUGAGACAUUGCUAUUUGCCUGGUGGAUGUGUGCAAUCUACACUGGUCUGUUUAGGCAGUCAUUGCAAAAGAAAUAUCAUCUCAAGGAUUCACCAUGUGAUCCUUGCAUGGUGCACUGCUGCAUGCACUGGUGUGCUUUGUGUCAAGAGCACAGGGAGAUGAGGGGUCACUUAUCUGAUUCUUCAAGCAUGGCAAUGACUGUUGUUAACCCACCGCCAGUUCAAGAGAUGAGCUCUAGUGAGAAAAAGGACGCUGCAGCUCCAUCAGCAGAGUCUUCCGGUCAAGGAAACACCAAUUCCAGUCAAGAAAACACCAAUAUGGAGCUGGCGCUGCAGCCUGUGUAGGAUUUAUCAAUUCUGCUAUGUACUAGAAAAGAAUCCCUCUUUUUCAUACAUCUCGAGUUUUCAUCAGAAGAUCAACCUGUGCAGAAUUAUGAGGAGAUCUAAUAGGAUGCAAAACCUGUUACUUUGAGACAA